UGUGGGUGGAGGAGUCUUUUACUUGUUACGGAGAAUUAAAAGACAGAUAGAGGAAGAGGUAGCGGCUGAGAUCUGUGGGUAAGGCGGUUGCGCCUCGGCCUGUCCUGUGGUCCGAUACUACUGAAAUUACUGUUAUAGCCUUGUAGCCUGCUGCAACUUGGAAAGUCAGAAGUCCAAUCGCAAAGACCGGACGAAGAAGCAGCGGUUGAAAGCAGAAGAGAAGUGAUUGCUAUGGCUAUGGCGUCGAGCUGCCUCUCAGCGCUGAGCUGCGUAUCUCCUAGUUGCAGCUGGUCGAAUUGGAGACGAAGGCAAUCUUCUUUAUCCCCAGCAAGGUCGUCGUCUCCUUCCUCCGCCCUGUGGUUCGAUUCUCGACGCCAUCGGAGGAGUCAGGUGGUGCGUAUGGCACCGGAUGAGGAGAAGCUCACCCGCCGCAACCCUCUCGAUUUCCCGAUUGAGUGGGAGAGGCCGAAGCCGGGGCGGAGGCCUGACAUUUUCCCGCAGUUUAGUCCUAUGAAGACGCCUCUGCCGCCUCCUAUGCCGUAUGACCCGCCGGAAGAAGACGAAGACGAGGAGGAGAAGAAGGAGGAGGAGGAAGAGGAGCAAGAGCAGGAGGAGGAAUCUCCGGAGAAGAUUGACCCAGAUAAGAACAAUAAUUAAUCGGUGCCUAUGCAUUUCAAUUUAUGGUCUUUCUGCUUGUAGUGUUGCUUUAGGUUUAAAUGCUCUCUCACCCUACUGUAUGAGUUUAACGGCUUAUGCUUAAUCUUUUUUGAGUUGUUUGA